AUGGCCACUCUUCGCACCGUGUUCAUCCUCGGCUUGGUCCUCGUCUCUCUCCCCGCGCUCUUUGCCGCAUCCGCACCAAAGCGGGGUGACGUUGCGGCUGGGGGAAGCGCAGUGGUCGCGCCGAGGUGGGGCCGCAAGCUGCUGGAAGCGAGCAGCGGUGCGGACGUGGACCACGUGGGCGGCGAGGAGGAGGAGGAGGAGGAGGAGGUGACGGAGGACGGGCUGGACGAGGCGGACACGGCGAUUUGGGGCCGCAAGCUGCUGGACCAGCAGGGUGGCGAGGAGGAGGAGGUGGGGGAGAUGACGGAGGACGGGCUGGACGAGGCGGUGCGGGUGCUGCAGAGCUUUAAGAAGUUCAAGAACGCGGUGAGUCAGGCGGCGAAGAGCGAGGCGGAGCAGAAGGCGGGAGGGUUCGCGAAGAAUGUGGUGAAGAAGGGUGGCAAGGACGCGCUCACGGCGGCGUUCAACGCGUACAGCAGCGGCAAGGGCGCCAAGGGUGCCCUGCAGGCGGGCGCUGGCUCGUCACGACUCAACGUUUCCUUCUCCACCCCACCUCCCCCCUGUUCCCACGUCCGCAACCCCACUGCCCCCUCUUCCCAUCCCCGCUCUCCUCGUUCUCGACACCGCCCCUGCCUGCGUGAAGGCGCGGUUCCCGCACAGUCUCGACCAGUCAUGGUGGGAGGCGGGUUGUCGACCAACCAAGCAGUCAGCCCCUGGGGAUUGGGCGUGGGCGACUGGUCGCCGCCUGCUGUGAAGCCCGGAGACCUCCUCGUGUUCAGAUGGUUUGGAGAAACACAUGAUGUCCAGAAGUUUGGAGACCCGGUAACAUAUGGCCUCUGCAGUUUCUUCAACACGAAACAAAUAUCGCCUGCCCGCCCUGUUGGCGUGAGGAUGUACAAAGUUAAAGCUAAUGACAAGGGCAGGACCCUUUACUUCUCGAGCAGCGUGGGAAGUGAUUGUGCAAAUGGAGUUAAAGUUGCCAUUCAUGUAAGGUAG